AUGCUCUCUGUGCUCAAAAGCAUUGUGUGGCUUGGCUCCUUCCUAAUCCUGAGGAUGUUGGCACAAGCAGGAAGUCAUGACAAGCCUUCACUGUCUGCCUGGCCAAGCCCUGUAGUCCCUAAUGGACAGCAUGUGGAAUUUCGUUGUGACUCUAAUAAGUAUACCACAUUCAAGCUGUACAAAGAAUAUGGAGACCCUAUCCCUCAGAUCCAUGAGAGAAUAUUCCAAAAGAGCCUUCUCCUGGGUCCAGUGACAAGAGCAUAUGCAGGAACCUACAGAUGCUAUGAUUAUAAUUGUCAAUGUCCUAGUGAACUCUCAUCACACAGUGACCCUCUGAAGAUCAUAAUUUCAGGAAUCUACAGGAAGCCUUUCCUAUUGGUCCUGUCAACGCCCCUGGUAAAAUCAGGAGAGAAGAUAACUCUAGAGUGUCAUUCAGAGAUUAUGUUUGACACUUUCAUUUUGACUUCACAUAGAAAGCAAAUAAUCAAUGGCUCUUUCCAGCUUCCCGCAAAAUCUCAUCAUGGGAGGUUCCAUGCCAACUUCUCAAUAGGUCCUGUGACACCUGACCAUGCUGGUGUUUACACAUGCUAUGGUUCUUAUAACCAAACACCAUAUGAGUGGUCUGAAUUCAGUGACCCUGUUGACAUAAAGAUCACAGGUUUGUACAAGAAACCUUCUCUUUCAGCCAUAAGGGGACCUGUGGUGAUGUCAGGAGAGAACAUGACCUUGUCCUGCACCUCUGACUAUCAGUUUGACAUGUUCCAUCUGUCCAGGGAAGGGGUACCUCAGGGACAUGGACUGCCUGCAGAGCAGAGCCACAGAGGGACAUUCAAGGCCAACUUCCUACUUGUUACUAUGAUCCAGUCUGGGACCUAUAGGUGCUAUGGCUUUUUCAGGAACUCUUCCCAUGUGUGGUCAUCCCCAAGUGACCCACUGUACAUUUCUGUCACAGGAAAUUGUACUUCAUGCAUCAAACCAGACUCCAAAACUAAUAACCACAAGAAUAAGCAUAUACUUGUGGGGCUGUCAGCGACCUUGAGCCUUGUCUUCCUCAUCAUCCUCCUUUAUUCUUGUUACUUCGUUAAAAACAAUAAGUCUCAGGAACAAGCCAGUGAAUCCCCCGUGGACCAAGAAUCUGAUGUGAGUCCAACACUGAACAGGCAGGACACUAAAAGACAAGAAGUUCAGGAGGUGACAUACUUAGACUUGGAUCGCAUCUUCAAACAAAAAUUGACCACUUCCAUUUCCCAGAUUCCCAAAGAAUUUUCCACAGAUCCCAGUGUGUACAUGGAAGUCAGGAAAUGUUAA